AUGCGGCCCAGAGACCUGAGUGUGGCUGGCGAGCUGCUGAUGCUGCUGCUGCUCGCCGUUCUGCACCUGCAGGGCGCCGCUCUGCCGGCCGUUUCCUCCUACGAGUUCACCGCCUACAGGAUGCAGCAGUUCAACCUGGUGCAGAAGAAGCACGGUUGCCGUGGCGCCAUCGUGGUGGCCGAGGCGCGCUCGGCGGAUGAGCCGGUGCUGACCCGGCGCUGCGUCAUCAUGAAGGUGCUGGAUUUCACCACGGAGAGAUACCUGGAGGCCCAGAGGCAGAGCGCCGCCGCCAUCCUGAUCCUGCUGCCCGGGAACAUCUCCGCCAUCCCACAUGAUGCCGUGCAGUCCUUCAUGCUGAGUGAGAGCGAGGUCUUGCUGAAGGAGACCCUCAUGCCGGUUUACGUGGUGCCCGAGGAUGAACAGCUGCUCUGCAUGUAUGAGGAGGUGAAGCGGGCUGCAGCCACCAGGACCUCGUCCAUAUUCGUCAGAGUGCUUCGUAGUAUGGUCACAGCGACCGCCUUUCAGAUCCUUGUGAGCAACAACGGCCCCAUUAAGGGCAUCACCGACAGUAUCAUCACCACCCUGGAGGGGGUGCUUCCCGGCGUGGGGGAGGAUGCACCCACGGUCGUCAUCACGGCCCACUACGAUUCCUACGGGCUUGCACCGUGGCUGUCCUACGGAGCAGACUCCAACGGGAGUGGGGUCACCAUCCUGCUGGAGUUGGUGCGUCUCUUCCAGAAGCUCUUCAGCAGCCCGAGCACCAGACCACGAUAUCAUUUAAUGUUCUCCUUAACCGGAGGAGGAAAGUACAAUUUCCUUGGCACGAAGAGAUGGAUUGAAGAUAAUCUGGACCAUGCCGAGUCCAGCCUGCUGCAUGACAACGUGGCCUUUGUUCUGUGUCUGGAUACCCUGGCCAACAGUGAUGAACUGUACGUGCACGUGUCCCGCCCCCCUAAACCCGACACUUCCAUGCACGCUUUCAUCCAACAGCUGGAGGAGGUGGUGUCCUCCAGAUUUCCCUGGGUGAAGGUGGGGUUGGUCCACAAGAAGAUCAACCUGCUGGAGUCCUCGGUAGCUUGGGAGCACGAGCGCUACAACCUGCGCAGGAUACCCAGUUUCACUCUGUCUCAUCUGGAAGACCCCAAAUCUGAGCUGCGUGGCUCCAUGCUGGACACCAUGUCGCAGGUGGACUUCAGGAAAAUGAAGCGAAAUGGCGUCAUCAUAGCAGAAGCACUGGCACGUUACAUGUACAAUAUCUCUGACGAGGUUUCACCAAAGGAUGUGCAGGUUUUCAAGGGCCAGUUGGACUUUCACGACGGCCGCAUGUCCAGCCUGAUGUCCGUCCUGACGUCGGUCCCUCGAGCAGCCCAGCUGCUGGACAAGGAGCCCAGCCACAUCCUGCUGGUCAACUCCCUGGAGCACGAGUUCAAACGUUACCUGCAACAAGUUCACCGACACGCCUACCGACAGGAUCGCAGGGACCCUGACAUCACUUUCUUUGAUCAAAUGAACCAACCGAUAGUGAUGCACAGAGUGAAGCCUGCAGCUUUUGAUCUGUUCCUCGGAGGCUGCAUCGCUGCUUAUUUGGGGAUCGUUUACUACUCCAUCCAGAACUUUGGUUAUCUUUACUCGAAGCUCAAAGCGGCCGUGAAGUCCAAGCACGAGUAA